AUGGUAGUGCCAAUGAGGUGUUGCAAAAAAUUGAGUGAGCAAUUGAAAUUGCAAAAUAGUUUGAUAUGUAAUGGUGAUUACUUUCAUGUAAGGUGUAGUGCACAUGUGUUGAAUAUUAUUGUGCAAGAGGGAUUAAGGGUGGCUUCUGAUGCUUUGCAUAAGAUUAGAGAGAGUAUCAAGUAUGUGAGAGGAUCAGAGGCAAGAAAAGUUGCAUUUAAAGAAUGUGUUAUUCAAGUGAGGGGAAUUGAUACCAAAGUAGGUUUGAGAAUGGAUGUUGUUACUGGAUGGAAUUCUACCUAUCUUAUGCUUGAGAGUGCAAUUAGAUAUCAACGUGCCUUUGGAUGUUUGGCUAUCCGUGACAGAAAUUAUGUUCAUUGUCCAUUAAAUGAUGAGUGGAAAAGAACUGAAAAAAUGUGUGAGUUCUUGAAGCCAUCUUAUGUAAUGACUAAUUUGAUUUCAGGUUCUUCUUAUCCAACUUCUAAUCAUUACUUUAUGCAAGUUUGGAAAAUUAAGUGUUUGUUGCGGAAAAAUGCAAAAAGUGAUGAUCCGACAAUUAAAGAUAUGUCAUUGAAUAUGGUGAACAAGUUUAGUAAGUAUUGGGAUCACUAUUGUGACAUUCUUGCUAUUACGGCUAUUCUUGAUCCACGUAUGAAGUUUGUAGCAAUUCGAUUUUGUUAUUCAAAGAUUAAUCCUUGUACUUGUGAAGAAAAGAUUAGUAUUUUAAAGCACAACAUCUAUAAGUUGUUUGAAGAAUAUGUCAAAUUGAAUUCAAAUGACUCAAAUACUUCAAGUUCUCAAGUUUUCCCUCCAACACAACUUACUUCUUUUUCAAAUGAUGAGCCAGUGAUGGAUGCAUUUGAUGUAAGUUUUUAA